CCGUUGCUCAGCAGAGAGACACGGGCCCAGGGCCCUCACACACCUUUACUGCUUUACAGUGUGUACAUCAGUGCGCAGUGGCCCCUCCCAGUCCCGCUUAAAUGCAUGGAGCGCCCUUCAGCCCAGCGCAGAAUCAUGAAGGAGCUGUAGGACGCCACUCUGUAGAAAGCGCACGAGCCUGAGUUUCUUUGGAUCGGUGAGACUAACCAAGAAGCUUCAGCCAUGAAGACUAUCCUCGCUGCCUACUCUGGCGUCCUGAAAGGCACAGGCUCCAGCAUCCUCUCUGCCCUCCAGGACGUGCCCACUGCCCUGUGGCCCUGCCGAGCCAAGAUGGAGAAACAUCUGCAGCUCAUCUCUGUGCUACAAUGGGUUCUAAGCUUCUUGGCUCUGGGUGCUGCCUGCACCGUUCUGUUGUUUUACAUGUUUCUCACUGAUUGCUGGUUGAUUGCUGCAAUCUACACUGCCUGGCUCAUCUUCGACUGGAACACACCUAAACAAGGUGGGCGAAGAUCAUCUUGGGUGAGAAACUGGACAAUCUGGACUUACUUCAGAGACUACUUCCCAAUUAGACUUAUUAAAACUCACAACUUGUCACCCAGUCGGAACUACAUCUUUGGCUACCACCCUCAUGGGAUUUUUUGUUUUGGAGCAUUCUGUAAUUUUGGAACAGAAGCAACUGGAUUCUCCAAAAAAUUCCCUGGCAUCAAACCUUCAUUGGCGACUCUGGCUGGGAACUUCCGCAUGCCUAUACUUCGGGACUACCUGAUGUCUGGAGGUGUCUGUCCAGUGAACAAAAACUCCAUAGACUACCUGCUGUCCUGUAAUGGAACGGGGAAUGCAGUCAUCAUUGUAGUUGGAGGGGCUGCGGAGUCUCUGGAUUGUGCACCAGGAAUGAAUUCUGUGACCCUCAAGAAUCGCAAAGGUUUUGUCAAGCUGGCCUUGCAGAAAGGGUCUGACCUUGUUCCAGUCUAUUCCUUUGGGGAGAAUGAUGCCUAUAAACAGGUGAUUUUUGAAGAGGGGACAUGGUGGAGAUCGCUACAGAAGAGGUUGCAGAAACUGUUGGGCUUUGCUCCCUGUGUUUUUCAUGGGUGUGGCCUCAUUUUUGGUGACUCUUGGGGAAUUGUGCCUUAUUGCAAGCCAAUCACAACUAUAGUUGGGGAGCCAAUCACUGUGCCUAAAAUUGAAGAUCCAACUGAAGAUAUGGUAGAUUUGUACCAUUCAAUGUACAUCAAGUCGCUCCAGUGCCUUUUUGACAAGUAUAAGACUCGUUUUGGCCUUAAGGAAAGUGAUGUUUUGUAUAUCCAAUAAGAAAGGACUGACCCUGCAGAGAAAAUAACUGAGCCAUUAUAGUAUAUGCCUUUAUCCGUUUUCAAGGUAGACUUUUUGGAUUGUACAUGGAAUGCACAUUCUAAAAUACUCUGAACUUUGCUCUCAUAGUACACAGUAUAACCAUGGUUUCUCUUGGGAGAUAACAAAGUGGGAAAUCUAAUAGUGGGAUUGCUUAAAUAUAUUUAGCCCUAACUAUUUUCAGUUAGUAUUUCAAGUGUUUCUACUCUACGCAGAACAUUAAGCUGUUGUGUGCAGUUUGCAUAUAAUCUGUUAGAGGGCACUCAAAUGUGAUAAAUAUUUCUAAGUGCCAUUUUUCUCAUGCAUCUACCAUAAGCUCUUAUAGUAGAAAUGCUAAAAAGCACAAGCAAUGCAAUGAAAAAUAUCAUUCAUAUAUCAAAUUAACAACUAAAUGUUAAUUAUGAAUACACAUGUGCCUGUGAAUAUAUAUUGCCAAGAAGUAUUAAUUGUAUUCUUUGAAAUGGAAAAAAUGCCACUGUGCUUGUUCCAUUAAUAUAAUGCACUUUUGUACUACUGAUGACUUUCACCAAAGGAUUUUCGGUUUAAUCAGUUGCAUUACCAGAACAUUGUCUAGGUUGGCCUUUUGGCUACACGAAUGUCUCAGGUUUGGCUAGUUUUUGGCAGAUUAUGCUGUGAAGGUAAUUAUGUAACCAAGAUUUGUCCACAUUAGAAAGUAUUUAAAGUUUAGGUAUGGAAGAAAUUGGAAGGAGCCGUGUUGUGACAGUUUAUGCUGGUAUGAAAUCACUCUGUGAAAAAUAUGACCAAAAUCGAAAUUAUUUUUAAAAAGAGGGUAUUGUUAUAUCCAGAAAAUCAGGUGCAAUACUGUGCAAGCAAUAAAG